AUGUGGUGGCAUAAAUGGUUCACUUUAUUUUUGCUGCUUGAUUUUCCAAUAAUUGUGCAGUCUAAAGUACCAUUCGCGAUCGUUGACUUUGUGAUUAAUGCAGUAACUGAAGAUAAGACAGACAUUCUUUUUGCAGAAAAAUUGGUACCACGAUCACCGUUAGACAGAAAUACGCUGAUUGGGAAUGGUCAAGCUUUAACGAACAAAACUGAGGAGGAGGUUAAAAUUGGUACAACAAGAAGUAGCGAGAUGUUAUACGUUAAAGGUAUUCAUGUACCAGACUGUGCUAGAGGCUGUACAGCACAACUGUUUGCGACACUUGAUGUUGCAGUAAAAUCUGGCAAUAAUUUUGAACGAUUCAAUAAUGUUUGUGAUCGUUUCAAUGAAACUGUAGUCUGUUUGGCCAACCUAAAACACUGUGGAUCAUUUGAGCUAUUUGAAACACUUUCCAGCGGUAUGGCUUAUAUGUGUAUCGAACAACGUGAAGCAUUUACUGCAGUUAUUGAAUGCAUUGAUCAAAAUGCAGCUGAGAUUAAAGACGGCUGUGCAAAAACUUGUAAUGCCCAGGGUAUAUUUACUGGAUGGGCAGUUUAUGCUGCUCUUCGAGAUGCAAAGUUAAUAACGCCUCAGAUCGGCAAGGUUCCUUCGAAAGAAGUUUUGGUAAGGCCAAUUGCAGUUGGGUCAGAAUCAGUUGUACUAAGUCCUCUUUCCAAUUUUGCCAAGUUGAUGCUACCUGACGAAUGCGGUUUCUUAACCUCAGCUGCAGCGCUGGGACCACUGAGAAUAGAUAAAAAGUUGGAUGAAGAUUUGAGACGAACCUAUAAUGGACACCAUAAGAUCAAAGAAUUCAAGUAUAUACUUCCCAAUUCAACAGUGACUAAUGAAAAGCCAAACCCAUUUACGAAAGAAUUAUCCCGGCAAAAGAGUUCGCCAUUAGAGGAUGAUAAUUUCGACAGAGAUGAGCUUUGGAGGACUGCAAUGGAAUCGAGAAGCUUUCAAAUUUUGUAUCAAGUUGUAGAAGAUUUUACUAGCAAAAGCGACAAGGAUUUUGUGAUGAGUGAAACAAUAAGGAAGGAAACAGUUGCAUUAAACCCCGGCACAAUGAAGUACAUGCACAGUAGUGGUGAUGCUAGGGUCAUCUACAUUCCGAUAUGUAUCUUGAUCGCCAACAUUAUCCCAUUUAUUGCAUACAUCUCUUAUCUUAUCCUCUCCGGUGUCGCACUUAUCGCUUUUGCAGGACUGUUGAUACGUGAGUGA